UUUCAGUUCGUCUCCGCGCCGCGCGUGUCGCUGUGACGCAUCAGCAAGUCCUCGUGAGGGGAAGUGCGUCAGCGGUCCGUGUGACCAGAGGACUCAGAGCUCAUGAUGGCGUUCAGGCUCCUGGUUCGGAGGGUUUGUGGUGUUUCGGUCAGAGGUUUGCAGCGUGUGCCGGCCGGCGUCUCGUGCUCCUCUGGUCUGAACGCGCCGCAGCCGUUCCUCUCGCUCCCGCGCCUCCUCCCUCUGUCCUCCUCCAGGAGCGUGUCCUUCAACGUGCAGGACCACGACGACUUCACCGAGAGAGUCAUCAACAGCCAGCUGCCCGUCCUCAUCGACUUCCACGCGCAGUGGUGCGGUCCCUGUAAGAUCCUCGGCCCGCGGCUGGAGAAGGCCAUCGCCAAACAGAAGGGUCGAGUCACUAUGGCCAAAGUGGACAUCGAUGAACACACAGACCUCGCCAUCGAGUACGGGGUGUCAGCGGUUCCCACGGUGAUUGCGAUGCGCGGUGGUGAUGUCAUUGACCAGUUCGUGGGCAUCAAAGAUGAAGACCAGCUGGAUUCUUUUGUGGAGAAGCUGAUUGGAUAGUGAAGCUGUCAGUCACUGCCCCCUCUAGCCCCGCCCACCUCCCGCUGGAAAUUCCACCACAUUUAAUUACAGACUCAGACAACUGCUUCCUGGAACGUCUUUGCUUCUCCAUCUCUCCCGCUUUCCUGAACUGUGUGUGUGUGUGUGUCGCUUUGUGUUUUUAGAGGGUUUGUGGCAGUGCAUCGUGUUUUCACAGUGGUAAAAGUGUAGUAAAGUGUUCUGGGACGACCUGUAGCUGCUGUACUUUGCUUUGGAUGAUAACUGAAGGACGCAGAUCCUCGUCCGCUCCCUCUCUCGCUCCGCUGUUUUACACCUGAAUGCCUACUAAUGUGAGAGUAUGUGAUGAUCACCGUGUGUUUGUUUCCGUUCGGUUUUCUUUUUCUUUUUUUGGGAUUUGACUGUGAAUUUUGUGCAGGAUGCCUGGGUUUGAUGAUGGUUUUGUUUAGACUUUAACUCAUAUAAACUGUAAUAUAAUGGACUAGUCAGAUGAAAUUAUGAAUAAAGCAACUGUACUAUAUUUAA